AUGAAAUAUAUAAUUUUAGUAGUUUUAUGGCUAUACCAUGGCUAUACUAUGGCUCAAUAUGAGGCGCCUUUGUUGGACAGUGCUCUUACACCAGAUGUAGAAUGCGAAUCAAAUGAAGAAUGUUUCGGAGUCUGCAGUGAACUGGGUGUCAACGUGUUGGAUAUGAAGUGUGAGACAGGCAAAUGUUGGUGCCGCCCAGGUUGGCAUAAAGUGGGAAUUGAAAAUGUAGCAUUUCGCAUAAACACAUAUGACUAUGGUCAAGAUUAUUAA